AACGACAAGGUUCCCAUACUUUGCCUUCAGCUUGCACUUUGCACCCAUGUGAGUGGCCUUCGAAGACUGCGACCUCUCUCUAGUCUCCAACCUUUCCCUGCUUGAGGGCUUGGCUACCUCUUGGCUCUAAACUGCAACUGACCAGAAUCGAUGGUGGUUCUUGGACGCGUGAUCUCAGUGCAUUAUAGCUCCGUGUAUUACUCAGAUAUUGAAGCGAUCUUGAAGAAAGAAUAGCGACGGUAGAUGUGGAAUGUGAUUCUGGAACAAGGAUGAGGCCUUUGAGCAGUUUAGGAAUUGGUCUUAUUCUGGUGUUCGGUUGUCUUCUCUUAGCUCUUGUUGCAGAGCUCUACUACUUGUUAUGGUGGAAGAAGAGGGUCACCAACACAGACAUUGAGGAUGAUUACAACAGCCCUGCAAGAGAGCUAUUUUAUACUUUCUGCUGGAAGAAACCACCGCUUUUGGGUUCCACAGCCUUGAACCGUCAGGAACUCUGCACUUCUGUGAGAAUUACAGGAUCCCAUGGCCAUGAAACAGAGAAUCAGCUUAACCUUCGUUCUGGGUCAAAUAAGGAUUUGUUACUGAAACCCUUUGAAGAUGAUGAAAUGGAUUCGGAACUCUUGAUGCUGCAAAAUCUCUGUGGGCCUCCACGAUUCCUCUUCACCAUCAAAGAGGAGACGAAGGAGGAUUUGGAGUCCGAGGAUGGGAAGUCCAGAGGUGAUAAGAGCCGGAAAGGUUCAAGAAGUAGGAGCUUGAGUGAUAUCCUCCCGGCUGUGGAGACUCCAUUUUUAACUCCUAUGCCUUCUCCACCAUUUUUCACUCCACCACUGACUCCUAUAGACUCUUAUAACCACCAUGGAUUCAACCCUCUCUAUGAAUCUUCAACAGAUGCAGAGCUGAACAGGGUAAGGUCCUCACCUCCUCCAAAAUUCAAGUUCUUGAAGGAUGCAGAGGAGAAGCUGUACAGAAGAAAACUGAUGGAAGAAGCCGAGAAAAGGAUUCAUCAAAAUAGUGGUUCUGUUCAAGAUGGAGUGUUGAAAGCAUCUCCUGCUUCAUCUGUGGUCACAGAAGAAGAAGGAUCUUUUAUCACAAUCAUUGUUGGUAAAAACAAAGAGAGGGAGUUACAUCAUCACCAUUCGAGUACUUCGCAGGUCCUACCACUAGCUUGUUCUCCUCCCACAGUCCAGCCAGAAUACAGGAAACCCAUUUUUCAUUCCAGUCCCAUGCUGAGAUGAAAAUUAUGAAAUGGGAUAUGAUCUCUCUUGCUUUCUCACACACCCCAUUUAGUCUCUCCCCUUCUCUUGAUCAAAAUUUUUGUGAUUAUUAUUGUGCUUGUUUGUGAACUUAGCAGAGAAAUUUCCUUUUAUUUCUUUUAUAUGUUCCUCUGGUUGGGGUUGGACUUGCAAGGCAGCCAUGAUUGAUUGAUUUGUAGUACCUUUGCUUAAGGUAUAUUAGAACCUUACCAAGUAGAAAACAUUCUCUGCAACUUGUUAUUGAAGAUGAGAGAUGAUGGUUCAUGGUA